GGGCAGUGACAUGCUUUGCAGAGGUGGUAUAAAGAUGCCCAGGCCGUCCGGCCUUGGAGCAGCAGGUGUUCACUCAUUAGCACUCUCUGCACCCACAUUCGCUAUUAUUAAUCGCCAUGUUGUUCCGUCAAUUCGCUCUGGCUGCGGCCACCGUCUCUCUCGCUAAGGCCGUUGACCUUACCGGGUACGAGUACGUCGUUGUUGGAAGUGGUGCUGGUGGCGGCCCUCUUGCGGCUCGUCUCGCCCUUGCCGGCCACAAGACGCUUCUGCUCGAGGCUGGUGACGACCAGGGUGCCAACCAGAACUACACUGUACCUUCGUUCAACGCGAAGGUCUCUGAGGACCCCAACCUGGCCUGGAACUUCUUCGUCAAGCACUACGCCGACGAGGAGAGGCAAGCUCGUGACUUCAAGACCUCCUACACCACACCCGAUGGUGGCCUCUACACCGGUCUGUCGCCCCCUGCUGGCUCCGUCCAGAAGGGCACCCUCUACCCCAGGACCGGUACCCUUGGUGGUUGCACAGCCCACAACGCUCUCAUCGCUGUCUACCCCCACCAGUCUGACUUUGAGAGCAUUGCCGCCCUUACUGGUGAUGAUUCGUGGGCGCCUGACAACAUGCGCAAGUACUUCGUCAAGCUGGAGAAGAACGCCUACCUUACCACCGGCAAGGGCCACGGAUAUGAGGGCUGGUUGGGCACCCAGUACUCCCCCAUCGACGUUGUUGUCAGCGACCCCCAGCUUCUGAGCGUCGUUAGUGGUGCUGCCGUUGCUCUCACCAACCAGACCAACGUUGUCGUCAACUUGGCCACUCUCGUUGCUGGUGACGCCAACGCGGACACCAUUGAACGUGACCAGACUCCUGGUCUGUUCCAGAUCCCUCUGUCCACGGUCGAGGGCCAGCGCACCGGCUCCCGUGAGUUCGUUGUCGCCGUCCGCGAUGCGAAGUACACCAACGGCACCAAGAGGUACCCUCUUGAUGUCAGACUCAACGCGCACGUCACCAAGAUCACCUUUGACGAGACCGAGGAGACCCCCCGUGCUACCGGUGUUGAGUUCCUCGACGGCCAGUACCUCUACAAGGCCAGCCCCAAGAACUCCGGCGCGAAGGGUGUUGCCGGCACCGCCAAGGCGUCCCGCGAGGUCAUCGUCGCCGGCGGAACCUACAACUCGCCCCAGCUCCUGAAGCUCUCCGGAGUUGGCCCUGCGGACGAGCUGACCAAGUUCGACAUCCCCGUCGUCGUCGACCUUCCCGGCGUCGGCACCAACCUCCAGGACCACUACGAGAUCAGCGUGCAGGGCACCAUCGAGAAAGACUUCUCCGCGCUCGACGGCUGCACCUUCAAGGGCGACGCCGCCGACCCGUGCAUCGCGCGCUACAACACCCCCAUCCUCGGCAACCGCGGCAUCUACGCCUCCCCCGGCCUCGGCGCAACCAUGCUGUACAAAUCCAGCACCGCCGAGAAAAACAACUGGGACAUCUUCGCCUUCGGCGGCCCCGUCAACUUCCGCGGCUACUUCCCCAACUACAGCGUCAACGCCACCGCCGUGCACAACCUCUUCUCCUGGGCCAUUCUCAAGGCGCACCCGCGCAACACCGCCGGCACCGUCACCCUGCAGUCCGCGGACCCCCUCGACGUCCCCGCCAUCACAUACAACUACUUCGACACCGGCGUCGGCGACUACGACGCAGACAUCACCGCCAUGAGCGAAGCCAUCGCUCUCACCCGCGAGGCCUUCGCGUCCCAGCUCGUCCCCGUGACCGAGAUCCUGCCCGGCGCUAGCGUCGACACGGCUGCCAAGGUCGCCGACUACGUCAAGGAUAACACGUGGGGCCACCACGCGUCGUCGACGUGUCCGAUUGGGGCUGAUGGGGAUAAGAUGGCGGUGCUGGAUAGCAAGUUCAAUGUGAGGGGGACCAAGGGGUUGAGGGUUGUGGAUGCGUCGGUUUUCCCGAGGAUUCCGGGCACGUUUACGGCGGUGUCGACGUAUAUGGUGGCGGAGAAGGCGGCGGAUGUUAUUUUGGCUGCUGCGGCGGCGUAGGCGGGGCGCAGAUGGAGGCCAGGAUGGAGUCAUGAACGGAGUCGUAGAUGGAGGGAAGGAAGGUAUGGAGGAUGAUGUCCGAUACUCAUGAUUAUGUCUCGCAUCCCCAGCGUCCUUUUUGUAUAUAUCCACUGCUCGUAGGAAAUCCACGGACAGGCAGCUUGCAAAGUACAUGUUUAAUUCCCGCUGUCU